UGGCAUUGAAGAGGUGGUCCAAGAUAGAAUAUAAGCAUUCUUUGAAGCAAAAUUCACAGGAAAAGAAGCUAGAGGGAUCAAAAAGAUCAUGGCCUACUCUCCAGCUGGUGAAGAAAUUACAAUUGACAUUUCGUCGGAAUUGCCCGCUGCGGAUUGGCCGGAAUGUUGUAUCUACAGGGUUCCCAAGCUACUGCGCAAGGUAAAUAAAGAAGCCUACACCCCUAAGCUAAUCUCAAUUGGCCCCUUUCAUUGCAACCGAGAAGAAUUUUGGGAGAUGGAAAUGCUCAAACAGAGAUAUUUUAAGAAUUUCUUGAAUCGAACUGGAAAGAGCCAGCAGGAUCUUCGAAAGAUCAUUGAAGACAACGAAGAAAAAAUUCGUCACUGCUAUUCAGAAGACUCUACCCUCGAAAGUGGAGAAUUUGUAAAAAUGAUUCUAUUAGAUGCCAUCUUUAUAAUUGAGCUCUUCUUAAAGGUUAGAGACCAAAAAAAAGGAGAAGUCGAAGAAGAAGAUUAUAUUCUACGUAAAAAAUGGCUGGCAAAUGGAAUAUAUUAUGACCUGCUAUUACUUGAGAAUCAGCUUCCUUUUUUUGUUCUUGAGAAAUUAUAUAAGUUCGCCGGCUUCAGUGACUCUCCCAGUAGUUGCAACCAUUACGAAGAAGGCAAGCUCCUUGAGGAACACAAAGAGAACCUGAAGACACGUGAUGCUCCAAUGGUCAAGCUUUUCCGCAAUUACUUUACUUACUAUGAUCAAAAGCGAAAGCCCAUCGGUCAGGAAGUAAUUGAAGAACCCACCGGUAAGGAAAAAACCGAAAGACCCAUCGGUGAGGAAGUAAAGCAUUUCACAGAUUUGCUACGAUAUUUGUUUUGUCCACAAGUCAUGGAAAAGCGCUGGGUGCUUAAAAAGGCAAGGUGGAGCAAUGAAAGAGGAUGUAUGGAUUCAUCCAAAAAAAACAAAAAAAGGUACUCUGGUACUCAACUUUGUGCCACAAAGCUUAACGACGCAGGAUUGAAAUUUAAAGUUAUAGAUGAUACAUGCUUAGUUGACAUAACUGUAUCAAAUGUGAGUCAUGUGACGUUAUAUACAUGCUUAGUUAAAGAUGAUACAAAGAAGCCUGGGUGCUUUGGAUUCCCUAUGCAUAUCUUGCAAGUCUCGCAACUUGUGAUAGACUACGGUACUGCAACUAUUUUUCGAAGCCUCAUGGCUCUGGAGCAGUGUCAUUAUCCAUCUAAAACUUACAUCUGCAGUUAUGUUUUGCUAUUGGACCGUCUUAUUGACACCGUAAAAGAUGUGGAUUUGCUUGUUGAUAAGAAGGUCAUUGUUAACCACCUCGGUAGCAACGCUAAAGUGGCUGCUCUAAUUAACAAACUUGGAGAUCAGAUUGUGGCAACUACAUCCUCUUAUUUCGAUAUUAUCGCUCAAAAACUUAAUGACCACUAUGAGUUCCCUUUGAACCAUUUGUUGGCAACCCUGAAAAGUGAGUAUUUCCCCAAUAUUUUUCGAGGCACAGCAACUAUUGUUGGACUUAUUGUCCUAGGUUUCACUCUCUGGAAUUUCCUUAGACCUUAUGUCAUGUAG